GUUUAUCCGUUAUGUAUUAGUUUAUAUGUAUAUGUGAUUUUGGUUAUGUCAAAUUAUUUCAUAUUUGAAUUUCGGUAUCCUCCCAAUAGGAUUGACAAUUUUGUCAAAAUCAAUGGGUAUUUAAUUAUCCAGGGUGACUAUAUAAUUCAAAUACAAGACAAAUGAGUAAGACCUCAAAAUAUCGAUGAAAUUUUAUAUUUUAGUGCCUAAAAAUAUGGUGCCUUACAUUUUAAUGCAUGGACUUUUAAAAUUUGAUAAAUAAGUCCAAUUUUAGUGAAAAUCAUAUCCAAUUAGAUGGGCAUUCAUUAUCCAACUCAUACUGAUUUAGAAUAUGGAAGCAAUAUUCAUAUCUUAUCGAAACUCAUAUAUAAAAAUCCAAAUCAAUAUAGACUUCACCCACACUCUCACCAUAAUCAAUGGAUAAUUAUCAUCGCUACUCUCCAAUGCUAGCACUCACAAUUUCAUAGAGUCCCCAUCCAAGUAGACUUUUUAUUUUUAUAGAUUUCGGAAGCUCUAAAGUUUAUGGUGCAAAUAAUAUAGACAGAGAACAAUAUUGUCGGGCGCUCUCAAUCGCGCAGUACUUAAUUACAUCCUGACAUAUUGACUUCUGUUGAAUCAAAGAACUAAAAACCGUAUGUACAAGCAGCAGUAGCAUCAUCAAGAAUCAAAGAUUUGGAAAGUUGAAGCUACAAUGAUGUGUUUUCUCUAUAUCAAAUACCUUACAACUUGACUACCUCCUAACAUCGAAACACCUAACAUAUUCGACCGUUUCAGUUGAACCAUUUAACAUAUUUAGACAGUAAACAGCGUCCUCUUCUUGACAAUUUAAAAUCACAAGACCAUUGACCACACGAUUAAUUGCAUAUCUAAACUACAUUCUUGUAUGCAUAUUCAUGGUAUUAGAGAUAGAUCAAUUUUUUCAUAUAAAAAAGCUGAAAAUAUCAAACAUUGUUCGAUUGUCACUGCCGCCUGCAGUAUAUCAAGAUAUGCAUCACAGAGGUGAAAAAGAAUCCAUCGGUGGCGUCAGUUGGAAGAAAAUGACUAUUCCCACACUGCCAACUGUUAAUACUUUCUUUCUAUCCGCCUCUCCUUUUGUUGCCACUUCAUUCACCAAAUACUUUACUUUUAAUUUCCGCUUAAAUCAUGCAAGGCAACUUUAAUUUAGAUCAUCGAUUUUCAGAUCAAACGAAUAUAUCUACUGAAAAUUGGAAGUAAUGUUAGCUCUGCCUCUGUACCAAUUAUCUUCUAGCGGAGGCACCAUUUCAAGGUAAGUUAUUCGAUAAUAGUAGUAAUAAAUAAUAAUGGAGAUUUAUUUAUCAUACCGAAUGAGAAGUCGAGGUGAUUUUAAUUUAACGUGUCUACGCUAGCUAUAGACUUUGCUCGUGGAACUUUUGUCGACAUUAGGAGUAUACAUGUAUGUGUCUAUAGCUCUUUAUAGACAUGCUUACGAAACCAUAAUUAAAUUUAUGGAAAACCUUUAAUAGUGAACGUAAGUACCAUACUAACCGAAUCACGUAAAUUUUAUAAUGUGUCUAACCGAUUUAUAUGAAUCUCUGAUGACCGUGCUAAUAAGGCCUUCAUCGACUUUUGAGCCUUACUCUCUCUCUCUGUGUACUAUUCUCUCGACUCUGGAAUAUCCAUCCUUCUCUUCUCAAUUGUCACUCCUUGCACACUUUUCUCUUUUCUGUUAAUGGUUUUUUUUGUCCAAUAUAUAUAUGAACUGAACUAUAUAUAAAGAUAAAGUGAGGUUAGGCUGAACUAAUCCCAUGCUACUAACUAAUCAAUUAUUAAUGUCUGGUAACAGUACUUUACAGCAGGCAUGGGGCAGGGGGUAACGUGAAUGUAGAUUUAUAUACAAAAUUACAAACAAAUAACCUUUUAAUCUUUUGUAAUAAUAAUAAUAAUACGAUUUAAUUAAUUAAUAUACAAGUAAUUGGAAGUGGGAAUCUAUUUCCCAAGAGAAUGGAAUCUCCUCAAAAUCACAUUAACAUUUCACCUCCCCCAGCUAUGGGAAAAUGAAGGGUAGUACAAAAAGGGACCACACUAUCAUCAUAAUUAAUUAGAAAUCAAGCUCUAAUCUUCUCUACCUAAUCUAAUACCCAUUUGGAUCUGUGUUCACCUCGUCACUGAGCCAAGGAUAUAUUUAUUUGAUGGAGGGACAUGAUUAUGUAAUUGUAAAAUGAGGGAAUCGUUUUGAUUAAUUACACAAAAGGAAAAAAGUACGAACAAAUUGAAAUAAAUAAAUAAGGGGAAUGAGAUGAGGGAGAUGACUUUUGUUGGUUCAUUCACUCAAAUGCAUAUGAUCCAAUAAUUGCCUCCAGUACUCUACCCCCUUUAUAUUAUUAGGUGCAAUAAAUUGGAAUAAAAAAGAAUAAAAUCUAGGGGAUAAGAUACGAUUAUUAUAAGACAAAAGGAAGGGUAAUUUAUAUAUACCUAGGGAGUCAGGUCUAUCAUAUAUGCAAGUGAGGCAGAGGGGAUGCAUAAAUCCUAAUUAAAUGAUGCUUAAUCAAUUGAUUUCCACUUUUAAUUCACAGACAAUUACCAGAGUGGGGGAAUGAUCACAUGACUCUGGAGAAAGAGAGGGGAGAUUCCAUGUGAUUAUGAAAGGGUGAUUAUCAUUUUACAUGUGAUGGCUUGUGCAAUCCAGCCUAAUUAAUCUUUUUUAUUUUAUUUCCAUGGUUUACAAGUUACAUGAUUGAAUGAUUUACGUUAUUUAUAAAAUUGUCAUCGUAUUAACUGAAUGGUUAGCUGGGAUUGGGUACGACACAUAUCUAAUUGUUUCACACGCAUAUGUGUCCAUAUACACAGUAAUGAGCCUUGUCUCGUUCUUGACCUCUUCGAUCUCAACUCAACCUAAUUUUCACUCACAUGCAUGCUAUUUGGACUAAUAUUCAAGUUUGGUGUAGCUAGAUUUAGUGCAAACCUCCAUCUCUCAAAUAAUUUGUGUUCAUUAAAUAUGUGACUCUUCUUCUUUUUCUUCCUCCAUCUCUUUCACAAUAUCAUAUGAAAAUCAAGACGGUCUAUAUAUUUUUUUUUUUCUCACAGAAGGCGCUCCAUUGCUAGGAAAAUCGACGGCCAAGCUAAGCUCCGAGCCUCCAACCGGCCGCUGCCUAUUUGUAUAUUAAUUGCUCAACCACACAACUCCAAAACUGACCAAAUAUAUGCAUCAAGACAUAAACCAUACGACCAAUAGCUAGUAUGUUCAUGUUGUCCAGAAACAGCUAUGGUCGUAUUUUGAAUGCAGUCCAUGCUGUCUCUGUCCAAGCAAAGCAAUUGUUAGGUUCCAUUUGUCAGGUAACUAGAUCAGUAAUGCAUGUACGUACAUGUCACAUUCUCUUUGGCUUUGUUUAUGUAUAUUUGGACGUCCAUUGCAAGAAAAAUUUGCAAGUUAUAUUGCAGCAGAGAAAGGCCGAUCGAGCUUUCAUGUUUAAUUUGGUGCAUGUCGUCAAUUAUCUAAUACCAGUCGAGAUUGACUUUCCAAAACCUCCCAAAGAAAAAUGAAUCCCUCUUCCACCUUUUCUCUGUAUUGUGUGUUUCAACACUAAGUUGUUAGUAGGGCUGGAGAUCGGGUCGGGUCCUAGUACCCGGACCGAAAUAUGCGGGUACACGGACCCAAAAAAUUCCAGUUUGAGGAACCAGACCCGACCCAGACUCGGUUCUUGGGUACCCAAGACCCGAAGCCACGGUUCUCGGGUAUGGUUCGGUCCCCUGAAUACCCAUCAGCCAUCAAAGACAACCUGUUACAACAGCUUUAUUCAAGAAAAAAAAUGGAGGGUUGCUUUCGUUGGCUGCUGGAGUGGGAAGUGGAGUGUAGAGAUUUAGGGUUAGGGGUCUAAGGAGGUCCGAACUUCGGCUAGGCUUGGGGCGUGAAGGCUGGGUUGGCCCGUAUGUGUGGCUAUGGGCCAUAUGAUAUUUGGCCCUGUGGGCUGGGGAUCGGUUCCACUUCGGGUCCUUUUAUUUUCGGGUCCGAGUUCGGUUUACCCAAAACCCAAAAAAUAGCCACAUGCGAUACCGAGACCCAUUUUUCACUAUGAUAUUUCGGUUCCCGGGUACCCAAAACCCAGAAAUUUCGGUCCGAUUCCGGGUUACCCAUAAAACCAAACCCGAACGUCCAGCCCUAGUUGUUAGCCAUCACCUACUUAAUUUCAACACACCAUGUAUCUCCCAGUUUCAAACAGUUUGUUGCAUAGAGAUUUAUCAAGUAGUUGACAAGCUUGAUGCAUGUACGACGCACUAAAUGAGAAAGGAGAAACAAAUUGGGAAAGUAUCACGUACAGUUCUAAUCAACAAUUUUUAUAUACAAAGUACAAUUUACAUUAUAUAUAAAAAAAAGCAAUACAAUUCAUAUCGCUCGAACGCAAAAUCUCGAUUAGGAAUGCAAGAUUCUUGUUUGGUUACACAUCCUUCUUCUAUUAGCUCAUUUAUGUUCAAGUUAACAUAAAGAGAUCUAAUUUACAGUUAUUUUAUCGAAAUAAAUUCUAUUUUUGGGUAACUCUUUGUUAAUUGUUAACAAUAGAGGCUGAGAAGACCGUGACAAAAUGUGGUGGCAUAUCAAAGUUAAAAUGUCCAUCUCCUUUGUUUUUAUGACUCGAAUUUAUUAUUAUGUUAAUGUUCAGAGACAGUGAAGGUUUUAGGAGACGGCGGUUAGAUCUGAGGUUGGACGACUCCAUCAUGAUUCAUGAAUGAAUAAGCCAAAUCGAGUUGUUGUUUGUCUACUCUAUUUUUAACUUUCAUAAAAAGACAAAAAGAGGAGUUGUUGGAAUCUAAGGGAUAUCCUAUUUGUUUUGAUCGCCCAAAACAACGCCUCUACUAAUUUGGGCCGAGGCUUUCAUUCUGGCCCAAGUCUGUUAACGUAGUAGUGCAAGUCCGAGAGAUCUUUCAACAAAUCAGGCUUCUUCAGAUUGAUUGAGCAAACUACCUUUUCGCUUCUUUAACUUUUCUUCCGGGGUUUGAGCAAUGGGCCCCCAGCCCAUAUUUACCCUAUGGACAAUAAUUGCGCUCCAAGCAGGCCGUGCACAGAUCUGGACCUUUGGUUAUCGAUUUGGGCCGCAGUUUUUUUUCGGCCCGCCCUGUUUUUCGCCGGAAAACUGGAAAACUUGCCAGAAAACUGGAAAACUGGCCGGAAAAAAUAAACUUACUUGUUUUCCGACGAUUGAGGGCGACGGGAGGUUAGCCGACGACGGAAGAACGGUGCCGGCGACGGAGGCAAUGGGCUCGUCAACAGAAGUUUUUGUUGGAAUGAGUCAAAUGUUCCUGAUAUCUGAAUUUAUAGAAUAAAAGGAAGGGAAGGGGGGGAAAAUUCAAAAUUUGAAUUCAAAAUUUUUUUUUUUUUUUUUGCUUGGCGGCAAAUAGCCGUUCACGUGUUUUUUUCUUCCAAAGUCCAUCAUGAAGGAAUAGCUAGUUACGAAUAAAUAUAGGAUCUAAACAUGUUAAAUUAAAAAAUAAUAUACAUUUUUUAGUUUGACAUGUUUAAAUACUAAAAAAUAAUAUACAUUUCUCUAAAUAAAAUAAAAAAUAAUAUACAUUGGUCAACAAGAUGUUGAACCAACAAAUUUUUUUUCCCCAUCAUGAAUAGAGUUGAUUCAAAUAUAUGAGGAUAUAAAAUCAGUAUUACAAAUAUUAAAUUCUUUGAGUAACGAGCUUAACCGCCAUAUAAAUUUUUGUUAGGGUUUUGCAGGUUGUUGUGUUCAUUUGGGGAACUUAGAAGAGUCGUUGUUGUGUUAAAUUUCAAUGAACAUCAACUUCAGCUUUAAAUUCUUGUUGUUCAAUGUAGCCAUCACACUUAAGAUGUUGCAGUCGCGUGCUUGUCCUCUAAUUGAGACGUCCAUUUCGGCACGGCUGUUCCUGUUCCUUCGAUAAGAUUAGCAUAUCAGAACCUGGCUAAUGUUCAUUUGUUGCGAUUAAGUCUUAUUCUUCGUAAUUAGAGAUGAAGUUACGUGGAGUUCAAAAUGAUACAACGGUAAAUCGUAACUCUUCAAUAAUAUUUGAACUUUUUCAAAGACAAAGGAGAUGGAAAUUUAACUCUUCCAUGAUAAAGGUGUGACUAUUAAUCAGUAAACCACAUAUAUUUCUCUUAAUUAUAUAUUAUUUUAAAUUAUAAUGUUAUGUGUCAUAUGUUAAACAUACAUUGGAAACAGGAGAAUUGGUUAUCAUUUAUCAACUCUGCCUCUCCCCCCACAAUCCAAGUUUAACCCCAAAUAACAAUUGUUCUUAUCUUUUCAUUUUUUGUUCUAGAUUCCAAAUUUGCCACUACUUAUAGUUCGAAUACUCACUUGUGCUUGUGCCAAUCACUCCAAAUCAAUGGUCCCUCGGGCCAAAGGAGGGUGUGACAAAUAAACUUACGUUGUCAUGCCUCACUUUUAUGCAAUCAUUCAUGCUUCGGAGAGACUUUUUCCCUUCCCAUUAUGAUGGUGGUUAUGUUAGUUAAGGCGGUAGUUAUGUUAUGCCUUCUCCCAAAACAAGAACCCAAACAAUAUAUAUUUGUUCUACGAGACAGAAUCGAGGUGCGUACAUAAUGGGUAAUGGCCCCUCUACUAUGUUCAUGACUCAUAAUUAUAUUGUUCUUGAUUCAAAAGAGUAUGAUUAGAAAGUCAUACAUAUGGAGUUUAUAAGGAAUUAUACCGUUUUUAAUAUUAUUUCUAUCCACAAAUAAGAGAACUAUAUUCAAUACUGAGGUAGGUGUUGUAAUGGUUUAUUACGAAUCCCUAGUCAUUUUGAUUCAUGGCUCAAGUAUAGUUAUUGCCUGAGACCAUAGUUGAACUCUCCCUGCUGCUCAUCUCGCCAUGGUUGAACCAUGAUUGGUGGUAACGGUAGUCGGUAGAGGAAAGUGAAACGGGAGUAGGGCUAUGUGUCAAGAACCAGUUACUCCCAAUAACUCGAAUUGUUGGGAAAUGUUCAAUCGUAGAUCAUAUACCACAACACUAACACGCCCCUCUCAAACGAAAGCCACUCACAAGGGCUUGAAAUUUGCACAGGUAUGAAGACAAGAAUACCAUGUGCUUAACAAAUGGGGGUCACCGGGAAUCGAACACAAGACCUCUCGGUCAUAGAAGGCUCUGAUACCAUGUCAAGAACCAGUUACUCCGAAUAACUCGAAUUGUUGGGAAAUAUUCAAUCGUAGAUCAUAUACCACAACACUAACGCUAUGGAUAUUAUACGAUUCCAAUUCUUUGCUUGUUGAAGAAAGUUAAUUGGAACAUUUUUGUUUGUGUAUGGAAUGCUUGCAUGAUGAAUAAUAAUGUAUAGGUAAGCGUGGGGGCAGAUUUUCUUUUCACGGGAUCGUGUUUGAGAGGAGACAUAGCGUAACAACUAACAAGCAUGAGUGAGGGAUGGUCCCAUUAAUUGGGCCAACAUCACGGUCCAAAAAGGGCAAAGGCUUUUUUUCUUCCUCCCACAAGAUAGGGCCCAAGAGUGAUGCACCACCAAACACCUCUAAUAAUUAAGCUCCCCAAAUUACCAAUUAGCUUAAUCAUGUUAAUUAGCUUAAUUAGGGGUACUCCAUUUUAUCCAUGAACAUGCAUUAUUAUAGUGGUGACCCGUAUCAGACAAUCGCGCGAGCCGAUUUGUUUGAGGCAUCGAAUAUUUUACCCACUUGAAAUUAAGUAUGACGGAGCAUGGACACUACAUCUAUUUUACUCUUCGUAAACCACAUUUUUUUUACUUUAAUGAAACUUUGAAUAUGUGCUAGAAUCGCAUUCAAUUUCUAGUAUCUAUUGUUAAGUCUAUGAUGUGUUUUUUUGUUUUGUUACAUAAAUAGAUUUAGUUAUCGUUUUUCCUUUCAUCAAAUAACAUAUUAAAAUGUGUCAGAUCCUUUCCGUAUUCGUGUGGAUAUUAUCUGAUUUGACCCAAAUUUAGUACGAAAGGAAUAAGCGAUAAGGGAGUUGAAGUAUGUACCCGUCCCGUCCCAUUAUCAUCACUACGUACCUACGCUGAAAUGAAACAUAUUUGUACUCAGUCCAUGAAGAGGCUCAACCUCGAACAACAAACAGACUCUCCAAUAUCCGAUGACUUGUUGGAGUUCUAAGAUUGUAUCAACCAUACCAUCACAUUUCCUUGAUCUGAUAUGGAGCCUUCAAGUUAUUCUUAUUUUCAUUAUUGUCAUUGUUAUUGAAGAUCUAGAGCUUUGACCACAUAUACAUAUUAUAAUUUGUUUGCUUGAUACAAAUUACGAAGGCGAUCAUGUGAUCAUCAUGCGAGCACAUUAAUGGUGGAUGUCUUUUACCAUGCAAUACGGGUGCUCCGUACUCGGCCACUUUGAUUGUACACAACGCUUUGUUGUGUUUACUUAAUGAUAAGUACUAAUUAAAUACUAAAUCCCCACUUGGAUUCCAUGAUGAAUACAUAUAAUGGCCAAUUGAUCGAUCACAUUAGCUGAUUAGCAUAAUCACAUACAUGCUUAAUUAGCUUGGUUCGUCUCCAAGAUUUGAUCCAACCGUCUCAUCUAAGCUGCCGGUUUCUAGCUUAUCACUGAUCAAAACGUAAUACGCAUUUAUGCUUAUCUUAUAUUCCACUUCAGAUAUAACACAAAACUUCUACCAAAAAAAAAAAAAGAUAUAACACAAAACAGCAGCAAGCUGGCCUGCAUUAAUUUCCUCUAUCAUUCAUGGCAGCGCCCAUAGCGGAUUUGCAUAUAUAAUACUGAUAAGGAGGGAGGGAAAACCACUCGUCUUUCAAAUUUCAAUGAGUAUUCAACCAUAGAUCAAAAUUUAUAAAAUUUGUCAAAUGAGCUCAAAUUCAAAUACCACCAUUACUAAAAUGAAAUUUUACACAAACUUUUAAACCAAAAAAUUUAUUUAAGGUUUGUCCAUUGACAAUCCAUUUCAUUCACUUGGGUCCGCCCCUAAUUUCCUUGAAAGCGGGAGGAGGAAAAUAAAGUGGGGCGGGUUAAUUAGUAUGUAAGAAAGUGAUUAAAAGGUUUAAAAUCCAUACCCGGAUUAUAUUACAACAAUUCAAGUUAUUGAAACACAUUUGAUUAGUGGUGAGUAUUGGGUGGUUGAAACCACCAAUCCACCCACAAAUAACCCACUCAUUAUAUAUGUUGUGGGUGGUUCCAUAUGGGUGGGCGUGAGUUCUAAAAUAGGUGACCCACAAAGGUUUGGGUGGGUGCGGGUGGAUUGAAUUUUGGAAUAUAAGUUAUAAACCCAUCGAAUCCACCCAACUGCACACCAUCCGCAAUCACACAACCCAACCCACCCACAAGUACAUGUUGGGUGGGUGUGGGUCAUUUUCUUCUUCAUCCACCACGUACUGGGUGGAUCCAAAUCCACCCAAAUACACAUAAACCCACCCAUUACUCGCCUCUAAAUUUGAUUAAUUAUAACAUGACAUUAAUGUUUGUUUGUUCUAUAGGUCACGUGUUCAACUCCUUACGACCUCAACUAUUAAUCCUUUAUCUUAAAACAUGUUGUAUAACGAGUAUGCACAAACUUUGAAUUUAUGAGUUAGUUGGUUUUGAUUUUUUGAGGCAUGUAAUGAAGUGAUAUGAUAGGAUAGGAUGAGGGGGCUUUGGUGGGAACUUCACAAGCAAAGAGAGUUGAAGAGAGCAGCUCUUGGCCGCAAUAAUUUGAUCGGCCGGUCGGUGAAGUGUGUUGGUGAAAAACUGCGUGCAUGGUAGUACGUGGCAUAUCUACCUCCCAGAUUUGGGCGAUAAGGUUAGCUAGGAUUCGGCGACACAUUGCAUUGCAUUUUAACCCACUAGUACCAGUACCGUUUUCCCUAGCUACAUACGUGUGACACCUUUUAAUCUCCAUCCAAUCCAUAACUGCUACCCACCGGCACCGGCAGUAACAAUAAUAUGAUCUGGUACCGACAUUAUCCGCUCGGUCACUCUGACUCUUAAGAUGAAAAACAGGAUAUUCGAUCGUUUGGAAUCCAACCUAAAAUUAUUAUGCAUGAAUAACUGCGAAUACCUGAAAUUUGAUUGGGUAUGAGUAAAUUUUUAUAUUCUACCCAACUCUUAUAUAGACAUGAAUAUGAGUAAAAUCUGACGAUAAAUAUACAUUAUCCGACCCUGCCCCGGCCCCUUGCCAUCCCUCCCUCUUAUGGCUUGAUUAUUGUUGUUUAUGAUCAGCAAGUACGACGACUUCGUAUGUAUUAAUUGUGUGCGUGACUUCUAACUUCCAAUCAAGCAUAUGAUUUAGCAUCAUGGCAUGUUCUUCUUCAUAGACUACGGUAUUAGUACUUAAUUAACAAUUAAUAUAAACUGGCCUGGACCUGACCUGUUUAGCGUACCCUAUAUUCUAUUAUGUACAAGCAGCAGGUACGUAAGUACUGCUAGUGCUAUACAUGACUUCUCUCUCAUAAACUUAUUUAUAAUCAGUAGUGUUUAUACAAAACCGUUGACAACUAUUAGUUUUAAGAAUUUUUGUUUGUGUGUAUCAGUGUAUGUAGCUAGAAUACUAUAAGAGUAACAUGGCUACUAGAUGCUCCUCCCGUCCCAUGUGUUCUAGUUUCGAAUUUCUGUGAGUACGGUUUUUUUUAAUCAUUAUUUUCCUAUGGAUUAAUGAGUCUAGUUUAAGUAUACUUACUAUUAAUUGAGUUGUUUAAUAAGUAGUUUGACUUUAUUAAGAAAAUAUAUAUAUUAUUUGAUAAUUGAUUGAUAUGAUAAGGCGUUGUGAGAAGGGGAGACCCGUCCAAGGGCUAUUAUGGCUUUGUGCAUUUUUUUAUCAGAAGUUUUAUUAGAUGAGUGGUUAAUUAGUAACAUAAAUUAUAACCCUAAUAUAUAUUGGUAAUAAAGCUACCUUUUGAAAACAAAAGUAAAUUUGAUAUCGAGUAAAAUGAACCGCAUCGGUCGUGCAUUUUCAGUUGUAAGAUGAUAAUGAUGUGAAUUUUUACAGUUUCAAAAUCAAUUGUAUUAAUGUGGCUUACCCAUUGCAUAUUUACAAGCUUGCAACAAAUGCAAUUAUUGAUGAAGGUUAAAAUAACAUAGACAAUGAGAAUUCUCUAUUUUCUUUUCUUUUUUUACUUUAUUUUGUGAUAUUUCAAACACCAUGUUUAACUCCAUAUAUGUAAUUAAAGGUAAAUUAUACAGAUGUAAGAUAUAAUAAUGACAUUAAUAAGAGUUAAGAAUUGCAGAAAUGGUCAAUGUAAAGACCAAAGGGGUGAAGCGAAGACCCAACUAACUAACCGUACGGCUAACACACGGCGGAAUACGGGGGCCGGUGAAUGCGCCGGGCUCCACCGCCAUUACUGCAUGCAAGUGCAACGCAAAGAAAAGAAGAAUCCACUUCUCAGUUCUCACUUCUUCUCUCCCUCACUGCAAAGUCGUUCCAAUUUUUUUUUAUUUUUUUAUUGUUGAUUUGUUUCCCUUCUGCCCUCUUUUUCUUUGGUUGAUUUGCUUUGCUCGUGAAAAUUUCCAAUUUCGCGGGUAACAUGGUCGGGUCGGGCUAGUGGUUCUGGUUCCCACCUGUAAAUAAAUAAACUAGUUAUGGAGGCAACUGAACUGAUUAUAAAAAGAUUUUGGGUUAUAGGUAUAAUAUGCCUCUUUACUAUGACAUUUUAUCAAACAUGCCCUUCUACUAUUUUUUACAUCAAACAUGCCCCUGUACUUUGUAAAAAUGAACAAACAUGCCCUUUUAUUUAAAUUUUCAUCCAAAAACCGUUAACCAAGGUCGAACUUUGGUUUGGGCGGCACAAAUGUCUAAAAUAUCCCUAAUAAUUUCACUUUCAAUUUUUUUUUUGUCUUUUGUAUAGCCAAAUAAUUUCACUUUGAAGACACCCAGAGAAAUACAACGGGAGAUAAAACUAACAUUUUCUCUCCCAUUUGCCGAUGUCGGGUCGUCUAAAUCUCAGUUCAACCAUGAUUGACGAUUUUUUCAAUGAAAAUUUUAACAUAAGGACAUGUUUGAUAAUUUUUUCAUAGUAUAGGAGCAUAUUUGAUGUAAAAAAUAAUAAAGGGGCAUGUUUGAUAAAACGUCAUAGUAGAAGGGCAUAUUAUACCUAUAACCCAAAGAUUUUCUGUUGCACUACUUUUCCUCUCUAAUUCAAAAAUUUUCCACUGUAUCCACUCCCACUCAAUUGUAACAAAAUUGACGAAGAAGAAAGGGAUUUCCAAAUCAUACAAAGCCCAUCACUCAACUAAAGUCUAAAGUAUCAUGUGCUCAUAGAGAGUAAUACACACCCUUAAUCAUCUAAAAAAUAAUUGCGACUUUACUUGGCAAGUUUUCGGCAACUUAAUCUCUAUGUUAACCACAGGAAAAUAAUACAUACGACAAAAUUAACCAUGAUAUAAUCUCGGUAUAUCUCAAAUGCAUAAAUCAAUAUGAAUUCUAAAAGACAAAAACUUAAUUAUUAAGCACAUACUUAAACCUCAAAUCUCCGGUCAACCUUAUUUCCUAUGCCAGGGAUAUAUAAAUUUCAAAAGACAAAAAAGUAGUAUUUCAUAGUUUUCAAGACAAAGAACCAAAGCGUGAAACUAACUGUUCAGAAAAUCGGCUUUCUGUACCCAAAAAAAGUACCUAAUGGAAGAAUAUGGUCAGUGGAUAAUGGUCAGAAUCACUGCUCAAUAGUAGACUCUUUUUUCUACAUUACUCUAUUGACUAGUCUAGCUUUACAUCCAGCCACUGCCACAUUCACAUUAGGCUUCAAAUUAAUGAGACUGAAGACAAAGCUUGAAAAUUGGCCAUCCUGUAUCUAGACUAAUUAUUCAAUAACAAUUUGGUUUAGUCUUGCUUUUCAAAUUUACUUUAGUUUAAAAGUAUUUAUCAAAAUUGCACAACAUUUACACAUACUUCUCUUUGAAUCGAUCAGAUGAGUCAAACUGGUUCUCCGCAGAUGUGAAAGGCCAACCAAACCAUAAGGCUAACUCCAAUGGAGCCUCUAUAUUUGGGGGAGCCUCUAUAUUUGGGGGAAAGUUGGCUCCUCUAUAAAUGGAGGAGUCUCUA